AUGAAGGUCUCUUUUGGAAUUCUCGCCACCCUGCUGGGCGCCUCAAGUUAUGUCGCCUCGGCAGCACCCACAGAUCAAUCGUCGGCAAGCGACCUCAUUCUGUCUCUUAAUGAAAAAGCGACGUCUGCACUGGAGAACGCAGAGACAGAGCCCAGGAAGAGGUCUGCUGGACCAAAGAAAUGCACAAUCUUCAACGCCGCUGUACGACGUGAUUGGAAGACACUCUCCAAAAAAGACAAAAAGGCCUAUAUCGAUGCCGUGCUUUGUCUGCGCAAGAAGCCCUCUAAAGCCGAUCCGGCCUUUGCACCUGGUGCUCGAAGCAGAUAUGAUGACUUUGUUGCUGUUCACAUCAAUCAAACCUUGAGCAUCCACGGAACUGGCAACUUUUUCACCUGGCAUCGAUACUUCACUUGGGCUUACGAAAAGGCUCUCCAAGAUGAGUGCGGCUAUAAGGGAACACAGCCGUACUGGAAUUGGUUCGAAACCGGUGACUUUGCUACUAACCCUGUCUUUGAUGGUUCUGAAACUAGCAUGAGUGGCGACGGCAAGUAUUUUGAGCAUGACGGCGCCUGGUCUGGGAAACAAAACAUCUUCAUCCCCAGUGGCAAAGGCGGUGGAUGCAUCAAGAACGGUCCCUUUGCCGGAGCUGUCGCCAAUCUGGGACCGCCGAGUCCUGGCAUGACGGGGAUGGAGGCCACGACAACGCCGCUCAACUAUAACCCACGAUGUCUCCGCCGUGACCUGAGCUCCUAUUCUAUCGAUCAGUGGCUCAAUCUGCCGAACCUCUAUAAUAUCACCCUCGGCAAAGCAUCAAACACCAUCCAGGCUAUGCAGGACGAAUUCCAAGGCCGAUUUAGCGAUAAAUUCCUAGGCAUGCAUGCUGCUGGGCAUUUCGUUAUGGGGGGUGAUUCGGCGGAUCUCUUUUCUUCCCCUAAUGAUCCUGUCUUUUUCCUCCAUCAUUCUAUGGUUGACCGUAUCUAUUGGGUCUGGCAGGCGUUGCAUCCCAGACGGGCCAAGGAUAUCGCCGGUACGAUCACUAUCCUCAACACACCUCCCAGCAGAGACGCCGUCAAAUCUGAUGUCCUGAACAUGGGAGUCAAUGCACCCUUGAUCACGAUCGAGGACGGACUUGAUACUCUUGCCGGUUCGCCUUUUUGCUACAUCUAUCUGUAG